AUGAUCCCUCUGUCUCACUGCACGGGCUUUCUCUGUUCCACGACCUCAAUAGGUGCCUGCCGGAACCUCUUUUGUUUGGGAAACAGGGUGCCCUUUUUACAAAAUCGGUGCAGCGGCCAGGAGCGCCGUCCUCAAAGAAAACGAGCGAGUUGCUAUCGUGUGUGCUCUGGGGCAGUUCUUCAGCUUGCGAUGGCCACUGACGACGAGCUCUGUAUUUACCAAACAAAAGAUGCUUUGGCUGCUCGCCUGUCGAAAGAGAUUCUCUCUUUAGUACAGGAUUCAAGGGGUUUGCAAGCCUCCGAGAACGAACAAGUUUUUGUUGUCGCAGUGUCAGGUGGCUCAAUGCCGAGCCUCCUCAGAACAGCCCUCAGUGAUCAGCCGGAAGCGAUGACUCGAUUAUCUCGUGCACUGUGGAUCUUGGUAGAUGAACGGGUCGUGCCCCGCGACCAUCCAGACUCUAACUUCCGUGCGGUCCGGGACGCUCUAGAGGGACUAGUGUGUUCUGAACGGAUUCUGGGCUUUCCGCCGGACUCAAUCGCUCUUGACACGAGCUCCAUUGCUGACGCGUAUGCUGAGCUACUUCGCUCUAAGGGUAUUAAGCCAGAGAACAUUGAUUUGGUCCUUCUCGGAAUGGGUGAGGACGGGCACACGGCCUCUCUCUUUCCCAACGACGAAGCAAACCUACGAUCUGCACCCGAGGCAAAGUUCUACAUUGGAAUCGACAACUCUCCCAAGCCGCCGCCCCGACGGAUAACGCUGAGCAUGACAGCUAUCCAGGCAGCAAAGAGACGAAUUUUUGUGGUGACAGGUAAGGGCAAAGCGAAAGCGCUGUCACAUAUUUUUCAGGAGGGUAACACAAAGCGUCUACCAGCUGGUCUCGUACAGAACGCGCUCUGGCUGGUAGACGCAGACGCCGCCAGUGAAAUUUCAUAUCGUUAA